CGGGGGGGAGCGCUCUCUGCCGUGCCCAGCUCGGACCUCCCGACCUCCCCAGGCGCUCGCAGCCCCUCUCUAACAGGUGGCUCGGUGCCUGCCCGCUCCCCGCCGGCUCCCGCGCCUCUCUCCUCCUCCUCCUCGCCGCCGCCUAACAGGUGGUGGUGCCGCCGCGCCUUCCUCCGUACAGCGGGCAUGGGGAACCAGGUGGAGAAGCUGACCCAUCUCAACUACAAGGAAGUUCCCACGGCCGACCCGACAGGUAUGGACAGAGAUGAAGGGCCCAGGAUCGGGGUCUCCUACAUCUUUUCGAAUGACGAUGAUGAGCUGGAGCAGCAGCAGGAUUCGGUGCACGACCUGGGGGGUGAGAACCCUGCCCUGCAGCCCUACGACCCCCAGCUGCACGAGGUGGAGUGCUCGGUCUAUUACCGGGAUGAGUGUAUUUACCAGAAGAGCUUUUCAGAGGAGGACACGCAGCUAGAGGAGGGUGAUGAAGGAGGUGGGGGGCAUCUGAGCACCUACACCCCGGAGAACCUGCUGAAUAGGUGUAAACCAGGCGACCUGGUGGAGUUUGUGUGCCAAGCCCAGUAUCCGCACUGGGUGGUCUACGUCGGGGAUUUUCAAGUUGUGCACCUGCAUCGGCUGGAGGUGGUGAACAGCUUCCUCACCGACGCCAGCCAGGGCAGGCGGGGCCGCAUUGCCAACCAGCUGUACCGCUACAAGCCCCUCAGCCCGGCCGCGGUGGUGCGCAAUGCCCUGGAGCAGGUGGGUUGCAAGGAUCGGGACUUGAGCUGGAGAAACUCUGAGUGUUUUGCUGCCUGGUGCCGAUACGGCAAGCGAGAGUUUAAAAUCGGCGGGGAGCUGCGCAUAGGCAAGCAGCCCUACCGACUGCAGAUCCGGCUGGGUGACAAGCGCAGCCACACGCUGGAGUUUCAGAGCCUGGAGGAUCUGAUCAUGGAGAAGAGGAGAAAUGACCAGAUUGGCAAGGCUGCUGUGAUCCAGGAGCUCUCCAGCCACCUGCAGACUGCAGAAGAGGAGGAAGAGGAGGAGGAAGACCAUCAUCACCCAGGUGCUCAGACUGCUGUGGAGUAGCAGCCUCAGCACCACCAUUCUGCUUAGCCUGGGUGAUGGGGAUUAAAACUGAAGGCUGCGAAAUUGAGCUGUUAUAAGCCCUUUGGGCUGCUUCGGUGCAGCUUCAUUCCAAUCACAUGUGAAAGGAAGGGGGAAAGCUGAUUAAGUGUCUGUGCUUUAGUGCUUAACUCCUUCAGUGCUAGAUGAUAAAACCCCUGACUUAUUUGUAGAGGAUAAAACUCAGGGCAAUUCUACCCCUCUCCCACUUAUUUCCCUUCCUCUCUGCCAUGUUCGCACACAGCCUUUUCCUCAACCAUCUGCCAGUAGGCCUGACCCGACAAGAUGCUAAAUGCCUUUGACAUCUACUUAUCAGCAGAAGUUAAUAGUGUUUAAUGCCAUUAAGAAGUAGCCAACAACUUCCAGAACAUGAGCAUGUAGCUCUGAGCAUGAGGAUAUUGUUUUCUCUUCUCUGCUACUGUUUCUCUUCAGCUGUGGCUUCUGUUGGUAUUGCAAGGAGCUGCUUCUCACCUGGUUCAAGGCUUCGUGGGUUUGGUAACCAGCUCCCCAGAAGGUGUAAGGCAGAAAUCUCCACUGAUUUUAAUGAAAUGGGUUUGAUGUGCCUGGUGCCUUCUUAAUUGAUAGGAGGUUGCAGAUGGGCCGGGGGACCUUCUCCUUUGCCAUCAACGUGUGGCUUUGGGGACAGGAUGUAUUUAUUUAUUGCUGAUAGGUCCCAGGGAAGAAAGUUUGCCACCCGACUUACAUUCUGUAUGCUGGUGUGUGUUGGGACCCCUACAGGCAGAUGCUGAGCUGUGUCAGGGCUUGUUACAGGCUGCCUUGACUUUUAGAGCAAAUGGCAGAGCUCCUGAUCAUGCCUGUAAUGCACACAGAGGCAGUAGAAGCAGGUUGUUUGUGUGUGAGGGUAUGUCUUGACUAAGCUGCCCCUCAAGAGGGUGACCUCUUGGCUGAGUGCUUCUGGCUGUCAGCAUGUCACAGGUUCUGCACCACGGUGAACACAGCUGUGAUGGAGGGGAGCACAGGCUGGAAGACAUCAGAGGCAGGGAGGCUUGGCUGUUCCAAAGCAGUUUCCUCCUCAUUAGGGAUUUCAUAUUUCCUUUUUUUACUAAUUUCUAUGGUAUGCAGCUGAGCUAUAGCAUUAGCGGAGAGGACAUGCCUCCAAAGCUGUGCAAGUCCCUUAGGGAAGGUGGAGUGCAGUGCUGCCAGCCCUGAAUAUUCCCUGAACUUUUAUUUGGCUGUUGAACUAAUCUGCCAGACAGGCAGCACUGUCAGAUCUUUGUCCUGGGAUCUGGGGUGUGUAAACAAGCACUGAUUUGGAGGCAGUUUCUAAUUCAAAAUUCCUUCCCCUUAAAGCCCAAUAUGAUGAUGUGAACUUGAAGAUAAGCUCGAGUUCAUUUAAAUAAUGGAAACUAGCAGUGUGAUGUAGACUUGAAGCAUAAUUUAUGUGGUCUUCCCUGAAGCUGUUUACAGUUAUACCACAAAUAGCAAAGUACGCUAUGUCCUUUCCACCCCUGUGACAGGAGCAAAGUUUGUUGUUUAAGAAUAGGUAGAUACAAGCUUUUGAUUAGUUAAGAUUAUAUGAAGCAACUUUGCCAAUUUGAGCCAAGUGGAUUGUAGUCUCAUGUUUUCUGCCUAAAAUAUACAAGCUAGGAUUUGGCCUGUGAAACACCCAAAUCCAGGGGGAAGUUUAGCACCAAGCUCCCUUAGAAUGCUAUAGCUCAGGUGCCUGCACUAAAUGUGUUUUUUUUUCACCAAUAUGCAAUUGAGUUACACUCAGGUUACUGUGGUUGUCAAGCAGAUGUCUAACCUUGUUUGGAAAGCAUAUCUACCCCAUAUCUGUCUGUGAUAGGGUUGAUAUGUGGAUGUCUGCACACAGGUUUUAUACAACUACUAGUAACUGUUAAAGCUGAAAUGAUAACUGAGACAGUCUGAAAAAGAGUGAAGGAGAAUCUCUCUGUUGUACUUCUGACUGUUAUAAGACAACAGAUUAUCUAGACCAUGAGCAAAUGUCUAGCUGUGGUUUCUUUCAUACUGAAACCUUGUACAUAACAAAGUUUAUUUCACUGUGUAAUAUAGCUAUGUAAAAUAAUAUUUUCCUAGAGAUAUUUUUGGAAGUUUAAAAAAAACCCUUCAUAACCUUGCAUUUGAAAGUAAAUUGUUAUGCACGUUAUUUUCCAGUCCUCUGAAUGGGUUUAUUUUUCAUUCAUGAUCUAAAGUAUAUUCUAGGUCAUAAAGUAUAGAAACUGCUAUAAAUGUCAAAUAUUAUGUAUCUACAGGGUACAAAACAGUAAACUAGUUGUGAAAAUAUUUUUCCCUUGUGUCUGAAACAUCAGAACUAUGACACUUAGCCAUUUCUCUCCUUCUGAGAUAUCCUGAAUAAUCUGGCUUUGUUUUCUAUUACUUUUUUGGUUGGUUGGGGUUUGUUGGGUUUUUGUUUUUUGGUUUUGUUUUUUUUUGUUUUGCAUGGUUGGAUUUUUUUUUUUGUUUUAAUUUAAAGAAGGACCAAAUCUCUUUGGGAAUGGAGAGCAAAGCUUCUUUGACCAACUGAAAUCUUGUCUUGUGCUGGUCUUGGUGCUUCUCUGUACCGGUCAUGCCUUUUGGGAUAAAUUCCCCCAGAGGCACGAGGCCUUAGCAAAGAAUUCCAGAGCUUGCAGUGCUUUGCUAGGACAGAGAGUGAAGGGGGAGCUUGCCUCGCAGCAGAGUUUGGCAUGCAUUCUGAUGUGUUAUAAAACCUCUGUGCUCCUCUGACACCUGGGAUACAGGUGUUUGAUAUUUGGAAUCUUAAAAUUUCCCUGCAAGCUAUGUUUGGGAAUUUAUUGUCCCCUGACAUUCCAUUAUGUGUAAAAGUAGAAGAGGGUGGAAAGCUCGGUGUUUUUUUUAAAUUUUUUUCUGAAAGAGGGUUACCUCCAUCCAGGGAUUUCUUAUUCCAGCAGAUAAAGAUGCAACUGUUGAAUCUUUAACAGGCAGGUUCUUUUCCUUUACCUGUUGCUUAGGCAGUGUUAUUUAAUAGGUGCUACUAAACACCACUGCACACAUUUCCCUAAGCAGCCUGGUUUUAAAGCCAUGGACCUGUAAUGACCUGGAUGUGAGGACAGAAAUUGCUGUAGAAACAAGCACGUCUCAACUGCUUGGUUUUUUGUCUUUGCUGUACUUUGCUCAGUUACUGUCUACAGAGUAAGCUGGGAUUUCUGGAGCUUGA